CAUAAGUUCAAGGUACCAAAAUUUGAAAAAUAUGAUGGUACAAAGUGCCCCAAAACCCAUAUCACCAUGUAUUGCAGGAAGAUGGCAGCUCAUGCACAGGAUGAGAAACUCUUGAUGCAUGUUUUUCAAGACAGUCUUACUGGUUCUGCGGCCAGAUGGUAUGUUCAACUGGACAGGACUCGCAUUCGCUCUUGGAGCGAUAUGGCGCAUGACUUUAUCAGUCAAUACCGACAUAUCAUCGAUUUGGCUCCAGAUCGUUUGUCUUUACAGAAUCUGGAGAAAAAGACAAACGAAUCUUUUAAAGAGUAUGCCCAGAGGUGGAGAGAUAUUGCUUCUCAGGUACAGCCUCCUCUGACCGAGAAAGAAACUACAGUGCUAUUUGUUAGCACUUUAAAACCUCCCUAUUAUGAAAAGAUGAUAGGGAAUGCAACAAAGAAUUUUGCCGAUAUGGUAAUUUCAGGAGAAAUCAUUGAAAGUGCCAUCAAGAAUGGCAAGCUAGAAGGGAAUGAAGCAUCUAGCAAAAGAAUCCCAAAGAAAAAAGAAACUGAAGCUCAGGCUGUGAGCUUUGAUAGACAGCAACUUAGGGGUUAUUCGCCCUACCCCCCACCAGAAUAUCUGCCCUAUCACCCCACUGUAAAUAACACUUCUUUUCACCCAUACCAACCACCAUACCCCCAAACCUAUCAAACCUCUCAUAGACCCCAAAACACCAUGUACAGUUCUAACAUUCAACCCACCCCAAAACCACAAAUUCGCCCAACUAACCCUGCUGGUGGCUCGCGGGAGCAACGAACCACUCGCGAAAGACCUAUUUUUGACCCUAUUCCCAUGACCUAUACGGAAUUAUACAAGGAGCUCUACAACAAUCAUUUGAUUGCUCCAAGUAAAUUGGAACCCCUCAAGCCACCUUACCCUAAGUGGUAUGAUCCCACUGCCCACUGUGACUACCAUUAUGGGGUGAAGAGCAUGAGCGCCAUUCAUAGACAAGCUCCUCCUAGGCCGGUAACUUUUAAAGUCCCAACUCCUUUCCCAUACAAAGAUGAUAAAGCUGUACCCUGGAGAUAUGGAUGUGACGCUGUAGUGCAGGGGCAAAAAGAAGAGGUCUCCAAAGCCGAUGCUUCUAACAUUACUGGUGUAGGAGGCAUUACUCGAAGUGGGAGAUGUUACACCCCAGAAAUGCUAGAGAAGGCUAGAAGAGAGAAGGCUAAAGAAGGAGAAAGACGAAAUAAUCCAGAGAUAGAGCCUGAAGAAGAUCAGCCAAAGCCAGUAUCAGAAAGGGAGGUUUGUGAAUUCCUGAAGCUGGUAAAACAUAGUGAAUAUUCAGUUGUGGAACAGUUGAAUAAAAUGCCAGCUCGAAUCUCAUUGUUAUCACUGUUGCUGAAUUCAGAGCCACAUCGAAAUGCCUUGCUGAAAGUGUUGAAUCAGGCAUACGUGGCACAUAACGUGUCUGUCGAAUAUGUGAAUCACUUGGCUGGAAACUUAGUCAUGCCAAAUCACAUUUCAUUCAGUGAUGAUGAGAUUUCUUUGGAGGGAAAGAGAAAUGCUAAGGCCUUGCAUAUCACAGUAAAGUGCCAGAGCCAUAUCAUAGCUAAAGUCCUUAUCGAUAAUGGUUCUGCCAUCAAUGUCAUGCCUAUGUCAACUUUGGCAAGGCUACCCAUCGAUUAUUCUCAUAUGCGAGAUAGUCAGAUGAUUGUGAGAGCCUUUGAUGGAACCAGAAAAGAAGUCCUGGGGGAUAUUGAGAUGCCCUUACAAAUUGGGCCGUGCACCUUCAAUAUAACAUUUCAAGUGAUGGAUAUCUCUCCAUCCUACAGCUGUCUGUUAGGAAGGCCAUGGAUUCACAUGGCAGGAGCUGUACCCUCUACUUUGCAUCAAAAGAUCAAAUUCAAUGUGAAAGGUCAAUUAGUAGUGGUAGUUGGGGAGGAAGACAUGCUAGUGACCCAACCAUUGAACACUCCAUAUGUAGAGGCUGCCGAAGAAGCAUUGGAGUGCUCCUAUCGAUCUUUUGAAUUGGUCAAUACUGUAGGUGAAGGAUUUCAAAGUCAGCCUUUUUCAAAGAUAGUGGUGAGCCAAGUCAUCAACAAAGGCUGGUGUCCAGGACUUGGGCUAGGCAAAAAUUUGCAGGGAAUUAAAGAACCUCCGACAAUAGCGGACAAUAGCGACAGGGCAGGCUUAGGAUACGAGAUGGCAGAGUGGGAAGUCAAAAGAAGGCCAUCAAGAAAGACAGCAAGACUGAUGUUUAUCCCACAAUUGUACGAAACCUUCAGACCUGGAGGAUUUAUGAACCCAGAUGCAAAGAAAAGUGUGGAAGAGGACUUUGCCCAGUUAGCCAUUAAUGCUAUUGAAGAUGAAGUGGGGCUCAACAAAGAAGAAUGGGUUCGCCUUUGUCCACAAGACUAUGAGCUGAACAAUUGGAGUGCCAUUGAAAUGCCUCUGACUUUUGAUUUUGAUUCAAUAAUGGGCACUUCACUUCCAUCUGGAGAUAGGCGACGGUUGGCAGACCUACUUCAAGAAUUUAUAGAUAUAUUCGCUUGGUCUUACCAGGAUAUGCCAGGACUGAGCACAGAGAUAGUGGAGCACAGAUUGCCCCUAAAGUCAGAAUGUAAGCCCGUUCAGCAGAAACUGAGACGGAUGAAGCCCGAAAUGCUGCUAAAGAUUAAAGAGGAGGUGAAGAAACAAUUUGAUGCAGGUUUUCUGCAAGUGGCCAAGUAUCCAGAAUGGGUAGCCAAUAUAGUCCCAGUUCCUAAGAAAGAUGGAAAAGUACGAAUGUGUGUAGACUAUCGGGAUUUGAAUAAGGCUAGCCCAAAGGAUAACUUUCCUUUACCUCAUAUCGACACACUGGUAGAUAACACAGCUAAGCAUUCGAUUUUCUCCUUUAUGGAUGGUUUCUCGGGGUAUAAUCAGAUAAAAAUGGCUGCAGAUGAUAUGGAAAAGACUACUUUUGUGACCAUGUGGGGAACUUUCUGCUACAAAGUCAUGCCUUUUGGGUUAAAGAAUGCUGGGGCAACAUAUCAAAGGGCUAUGGUAACACUCUUUCAUGACAUGAUGCAUAAAGAGAUUGAGGUGUAUGUAGACGAUAUGAUUGCAAAGUCUUGUGAGGGUGAAGAUCAUGUUACUAGCCUCAGAAAGUUAUUUGAGAGGUUAAGGAAAUUUCAGCUCAAAUUAAACCCAGCCAAGUGCACCUUUGGGGUAAAGUCAGGGAAGUUGCUAGGCUUUGUGGUCAGUGAAAGAGGAAUUGAAGUUGAUCCCGAUAAGAUACAGGCCAUCCAAAAUUUGUCACCUCCCAGCACGCCAAGAGAAGUUCGAGGUUUUCUGGGGAGAUUGAACUACAUCUCUCGGUUUAUCUCUCAGCUUACUUACAAAUGUGAUCCCAUAUUUAAGCUUCUCCGUAAGAAUAAUCCUGGGAAAUGGAACGAAGAAUGUCAAGAGGCAUUUGAUAAAAUUAAGCAGUAUUUAUCGAACCCUCCAAUAUUGGUGCCACCUGUUCCAGGAAGACCUUUAAUUCUGUACCUAACUGUAAAUGAAAAUUCAAUGGGAUGUGUGCUGGGGCAGCAAGAUGAAGCUAGCCGAAAGGAGAGAGCUACUUACUAUCUGAGUAAAAAGUUCACGGAAUAUGAAUCCAAGUAUUCUUCAUUGGAGAAAAUGUGUUGUGCAUUAGCGUGGACUGCCAAAAGACUCAGACAGUAUAUGCUUUAUCACACUACGUGGCUCAUAGCAAAAUUGGAUCCAAUUAAGUAUAUCUUCGAGAAGCCUUCUUUGUCAGGAAGAAUCGCUAGAUGGCAAGUAAUGCUCUCAGAAUAUGACAUUAUAUAUGUGAGCCAAAAAGCAAUAAAAGGAGGCGCUAUAGCAGAAUUUCUUGCAGAUCGUGCUACUGAAGAGUAUGAGCCGAUGAAGCUGGAAUUCCCUGACGAAGACUUAAUGACUAUUUCCCGACUGGAGGAAAGGGAGCAUAUGGAAAGAUGUUGGAGAAUGUACUUUGAUGGAGCUGCUAACGCCUUGGGGCAUGGAAUUGGGGCAAUUUUGAUUUCUCCAGAAGAACAAUACUAUCCUGUAACAGCGAGGUUAAAUUUUAAUUGCACAAAUAACAUCGCUGAGUAUGAGGCAUGUGUCAUGGGCCUGCAAGCUGCUAUAGAAAGAAGAGUGAAAGUACUGAAAGUAUUUGGAGACUCAGCUCUAGUCAUAUACCAGUUGAAAGGAGAAUGGGAGACGAGAGAUUCAAAACUCGUUCCGUAUCAUAAGUAUAUUCUAGAGCUGACAAAACAAUUUGAAGAUGUCCAGUUCGAUCACUUACCCCGGGAAGAGAAUGUGAUUGCUGAUGCAUUGGCUACUCUGGCCGCGAUGAUUCGAAUUAAUCAUAAUACGGACAUUCAGCCCAUCAAGUUAGAUGUUAAGGAUAUACCAGCGUAUUGUUCUAAUGUAGAGGGGGAAAGAGAUGGAAAACCCUGGUAUUAUGACAUCUUACAGUAUGUCAAGGAUCAGCAGUAUCCAGUUCAUGCAACAGAAAAUGAUAAAAGGGUCAUCCGAAGAUUGGCUAUGAGCUUUUUCCUGGAUGGGGAUGUCCUGUACAAAAGAAGUAAAGAUAAAGUAUUAUUGAGGUGUGUAGAUGAGACUGAAGCGAAGAAAAUCAUUAAAGAGGUGCAUGAGGGAAUAUGUGGGGCACAUGCUAGUGGACAUAUGAUGGCAAGACAGAUCAUGAGAGCGGGAUAUUACUGGUUGACGAUGGAGAAUGAUUGCAUCGACUAUGCUCGUAAAUGUCAUAAAUGCCAGAUAUAUGCUGAUAAGAUCCUUGCUCCACCAUCUGCUUUACAUGUUAUGGCACCAUCAUGGCCAUUUUCAAUGUGGGGCAUGGAUGUCAUUGGUCCAAUCACUCCAAAAGCUUCUAACCGGCACAGAUUCAUUUUUGUGAUGAUAGAUUACUUCACAAAGUGGGUGGAAGCAGCAUCAUAUGCAAAUGUGACACGCUCCGUGGUUUGCAAGUUCAUAAAGAAAGAGAUCAUUUGUAGAUAUGGACUUCCGGAGAGAAUUAUUUCAGACAAUGCCAAGAAUCUAAAUAGUAAGAUGAUGCAAGAAAUAUGUGCUCAAUACAAGAUCAAGCAUCAUAACUCGGCACCUUAUCGUCCGAAAAUGAAUGGAGCAGUUGAGGCAGCCAAUAAGAACAUAAAGAGGAUUCUGGAGAAGAUGACCGAGACUUACAAAGAUUGGCAUGAGAAGUUGCCAUUUGCCUUGCUUGCAUAUCGAACGUCAGUUCGCACCUCUACUGGGGCAACCCCAUUUUCUUUGGUUUAUGGGAUGGAAGCUGUACUACCAGUGGAAGUAGAGAUCCCCUCUUUGAGAGUCUUAAAAGAAGUUGAGUUGGAAGAGGCUGAAUGGAUUCGAGAACGUUAUGAGCAGUUAAAUUUCAUAGAAGAAAAGAGAUUGACUGCACUGUGCCAUGGUCAGUUAUACCAAAGAAGAAUGAUGAGGGCUCAUGAUAAGAAGACUCGGCCUCGUUGCUUUCGAGAAGGAGAGUUGGUUUUGAAAAGAAUUCUCCCAAUCCAGCACGAUAGUAGAGGAAAAUGGACUCCGAAUUGGGAAGGGCCGUAUGUGGUGAAACGGGCUUUUUCGGGUGGAGCAUUGAUACUGACUGAGAUGGAUGGAAACGAUUUACCCCAUCCUGUAAAUUCUGAUGCUGUGAAGAAAUACUAUGCUUGA